CGGGACUAUAUUCCUACAGUUCACGGCUCUCUGGCGGAGUGUGGAUCCUCCUGAAAAACUCCAAGUAAAACAGGAGCUGGGAGCACACACACGAGAAGAUAUAUUAAGAAAGCAGUGUUUGGAGAUCUUUGAAAACACAAACCAAAACACCAGCCCCGAAGCCCCAACCCCUUGGCUAGCUCUUAUGGGAAUGAAACACUCCUCCCGCUGCCUGCUCCUAAGGAGGAAAAUGGCGGAGAACGCUGCCGACAGCACCGAGGUUUGCACCAUUCCAGCCCAGCCUCCACAGCCUACUGUUGUUCCAAAGCCAGUUCAAUCUGUCAUACAUGUUCCACUGCAACCAAGCUGCCCUGGCCGAGGCAAGAUGGCAAAGCUCAUCAAUCCAGAAGAGAUGACAUCCAGGGAUUAUUACUUUGAUUCCUAUGCUCACUUUGGAAUUCAUGAGGAAAUGUUAAAAGAUGAAGUGCGCACAUUAACCUAUAGAAACUCAAUGUAUCACAAUAAACAUGUUUUUAAAGAUAAGAUUGUCCUUGAUGUUGGAAGUGGCACAGGAAUCCUCUCCAUGUUUGCUGCAAAGGCAGGAGCCAAGAAAGUAUAUGGGAUUGAAUGCUCAAGUAUAUCUGACUACUCAGAAAAAAUUAUCAAGGCCAACCACUUGGACAACAUAAUCACAAUAUUUAAAGGUAAAGUGGAAGAAGUUGAAUUACCUGUGGAUCAAGUAGACAUCAUCAUCAGCGAGUGGAUGGGUUACUGUCUGUUCUAUGAGUCAAUGUUAAACACAGUCAUCUUCGCACGAGACAAGUGGCUGAAACCUGGAGGGCUAAUGUUUCCAGACCGAGCUGCUUUGUACGUGGUAGCAAUUGAAGACAGACAGUACAAGGACUUCAAAAUUCACUGGUGGGAGAAUGUGUACGGCUUUGACAUGACCUGUAUUAGGGAUGUUGCCAUGAAGGAGCCCUUGGUGGACAUAGUAGAUCCAAAGCAAGUGGUGACCAACGCCUGCUUAAUAAAGGAAGUAGAUAUUUAUACAGUGAAGACUGAAGAAUUGGAAUUUACUUCUGCAUUCUGCCUCCAAAUUCAGCGCAAUGAUUACAUUCAUGCCUUGGUCACCUAUUUUAAUAUUGAAUUUACGAAGUGCCACAAGAAGAUGGGAUUUUCUACAGCACCUGAUGCUCCUUAUACUCACUGGAAGCAAACUGUCUUCUACUUGGAGGACUAUUUAACUGUGAGACGAGGGGAAGAAAUCUAUGGGACUAUAUCCAUGAAACCAAAUGCAAAAAAUGUGCGUGACCUGGAUUUCACAGUAGACUUGGAUUUUAAAGGACAGCUAUGUGAAAUGUCAGUAUCUAAUGACUACAAAAUGCGUUAGCAAGAAACCUUUCAGAGAGAUGAGAAGGAGAAUUUUAUCAAGUCUUGAACUGCUGAGCUUCAAGCUAGGAACAACUGUUCACAAGAUUAUUAUAUUAAAUACUAGAAUGUUUACUCUGAUGGAGGGUGGUAACCUGAUCUUUCUUGCAGAUAGUACAGGGGGCUGGGAUCCCACUGUGAAUGUACAGUAUACAGAACUGUAGCUUUUGUUAAACAUAGGAAAAAAAUAAGCGACAGUAUUGAGUGUUCUGGUUAACUUUAGGAUGGCAGAAGAUGCAUAUACAAAUUGUAUUACUUACUGUGAAUUUCUGGUUCUUCCAAGCUUUGCAUGUUAAAGAUGAUUAGGGCAGUUUUCUCACUAUGAAAGACUACUACAGCACAUUACUGUGAUAGUAUUACUGGACUUAUAUUCAAUAUAAAUGAAUAUAUAUAUUGUACAUGAGGAAAAAAAAAAGUCAUUUCAUAAUAGGAAUUUGUUUUGUGAUUAUUUAAUUCUCAUUAUGCAGUUAUGGAAAGAUAAUGAUGUUACCUCUGGCACUACUCUAGGCAGUGAUGUAUUCCAUUAACUGUCCAAUGUUAUAGCUUUGGUAAAUAUUCCAUGCAAAGUGUAGAUAAGAGCUGGGCAUUUACAGGAAGUUCAACAAUUAUAUUUUUGAAUGUCCUCUGAAAAUGCAGACCAUUAGUUUUGAAAUUCACCUUCACAACUGGAUGUCCGUCAGAGCUUAAAAAAACAUUAGCUUUUUAUCCUUGAAAAUAUUCUGUUGUGAGUUUUUAUAGCUGGAUUUUGCAUGAGACUUUCAGAAAUCAGACACCUAGUAUUUAAAUGUGAUGAAUGCAAAGUCUCUGAAAUGGUGGAUAAUUCAUGCUUCAUGGCCAUGCCCUAUUUCAGUUCUUUGCAAAAUUCUUAAUACAAAAUAAUUUUAAAAAUAUAGGAAUUAGUGUUACCUUUUGGUGAUGUUUUAGAUAAGUUUUAAAUUGCAAAUACUAUUCUCAAGAGUGCAGUAAUUUGCAGGAGCAAGUUAAUGUCUUUAAAAAGAAAUGUCGAUGGCUUCUGAUAUUACUAAGAUGUCUGUAGCUUUCCUGUCCCCUUGAGUCCCUUGUUUUUCGUACAAAAUCUCCUGCUUAUUGUUAAAAUAUUAAGUGCUUAUAAUUCCUCAUAUGUAUGUAUCAGGUCUUUUUACUAUAUGAAUGUGGGCCAUUUAAUCACAUGUAAUUCAUCAACAACUGCAUCACCAGUCCUAUCUACACAUUUUCCAGUCUGUCUGGCAUCAGGCACUAAAUCAUGUUCUACCUUGUACUGGAUAAGAUUGAUUAGUUUUUUGCCUAAAAAUAUUUUUAAUCACCUGCAAAUAAAGCAUACUUGAAGAUG